AUUGUCAUACUGCUGCAAUGGGGAAAUCCCUCCGAUCUGAAUCUUCAAAUUUGAUGUUUCCUCAACAUGUCUCAAGGGUAAAUUCAGAAGUUUACAAUCUUUUUCCUGGCUUGAACUCCAACUCAAUCCUUGGAGAUAUUAGGCAAUGUCAACCCCAGCCGAUGCAUUUACAACAAAGUUUUGAACAAUUUAUCCAGCCAAAUGAGCUUUGUGGUAAAUCUACUACUUUCCAGACUGGUUCAUCCUUUCUAGAUCGCGACGAAAAUUGCGAUCAAAUGUCAGGGAAGAAAGCACUGAAGCGGCCCUGGCUAGAUUCAUGCUGUGACUCUAAAGGGAUGCUGCGACCUGACAAAAUACUAAAAAUGAUGUCUGAUUUUGAUGUCUCUUCCAUUAAUGAUACAAUCUCUGAUAUAUGGACUACCAAGACGUCUCAACCUUAUUCUUUAGAAGAAGCACUUCCAGAAUUGCAGCAACAGCGAGAAACUUCCAUUUAUUCUAUGUAUCCUGAUGUUGCGAAUUUCCAUGUGGAACGUUCUGCAUAUCCACAGCAUGAUUCUAUAAGAAUAUGUGGUCAAAUAUUAGAGGAGUCAGACGUCAGAAGCCAUGAUCCAAGAGAUAGCAGCAACUUAAUGGAAACUGACAAUAGAUUGAAUUCUAGUAUGCAUAAUCUCUGGAGUGAUCCUCUUGCUGCAUAUAUAGAGGACAUACAUGGCAAAACUGGAUUUUUGGAACAAUCGGAAAAUCCCAUGCAUGAUUCUAUGCCAAUCAGUGAGACGGUGAACAAUGUGAUUGAUGAAACGCUUUUGCAGACUUCCAAGAGUGAUACUAUUCAUUAUAAAUUCUUAGAAGCUGGUCAUAUGUCGGAGGAGCCAGACCCCAAUCUUGAUUCUAUGAGCAUUGACGAUACGUUUGGGAAGGCUUUCAAGAGUGAAACAGCUCACCCUAAAGGCUUAGAAAAUUGUCAUAUAUCAGAGGAGUCAGACCACGAAAACCAUGUUCCCGCAAACAGCAAUAACUCGAAGGAUACUGAAAUUAUUUUGAGUUCCAGUACGCGUUCCCUCAGCGAUGUUCCUAUUGCUGCAGAUGUAGAGGACAUAAGUGGAAGACUUGGACUCAACCUGGGAAUAAAUGCUGAAAAUAAAGUCAGUGAGGAAAAAGUUGAUGCAAAGAAGGAAACCAAGUUCUCAAAAACAACAGAUAAUAUUGUUUCCUUAACUGAGUUCUUCACAAGUAAUCAAAUCAGAGAACACAUUACAAGUCUGAGAAAGCAGCCUGUUCAGAGUAUGCUUGGGGAAGAAGCGGGAAUUGAUGCUAAUACAUGCCAAUUAUGUACAGAGCAAAAGCUCUAUUAUGCACCAGUGCCAAUUUAUUGCUCAUGUUGCAAUAAGCCGAUCAAGCUAAACACAGACUACUACCAUAAAAAAGCAGAAGAAUCUGAUUCACAAAAUUUCUUUUGCACCGUGUGUUAUAAGAAGUCUCGAGGUGAGCACAUCACAUACAACGCAAUAUCUGUUCCGAAGGAACUUCUUGAUAGAAAGACAAAUGAUGAAUUACUUGAAGAAGAUUGGGUUGAAUGUGACAAAUGCAAAAGAUGGCAACAUCAAAUAUGCGCACUCUUUAACGGAAAGAGAGAUCUGUUCAUCAGUGCUGACUAUAUAUGUCCUAUAUGCCGCUUGAAGGAAAUUGAAGAAGGAAUUCGUAUAUCCUUACCAAAGACGGCUAUUUUCAGUGCUAAGGACUUGCCAAGAACCAUGCUCGGUGACCACAUAGAGAAAAGACUUUUUAAGCGUCUGAUGCAAGAGAGAGUAGACAGGGCAAAAUUUGAAGGGACUAAGAAUCUUGAUGAGGUUUUAGCCGCAGACGGUCUUUCUGUUAAAGUAGUGUUAUCUGUUGACAAACAAUUGGAAGUGAAGAAGCAGUUUCUUGGCAUAUUUCCGGAGCAGAAUUACCCUUCUGAGUUCCCUUAUACCUCAAAAGUUAUUCUUCUGUUUCAGGAGAUUGAUGGAGUAGAUGUUUGCCUUUUCGCAAUGUAUGUCCAGGAGUUUGGCUCAGAAUGUGGCAAUCCCAAUCAGCUCUGUGUUUAUAUUUCAUAUCUUGAUUCUGUCAAGUAUUUUAGGCCUGAAAUAGAAACUAUAAGGGGAGAAGCUCUUCGCACCCUCGUUUACCAUGAGAUAUUGAUUGGAUACCUUGAUUUUUGCAAGAAACGAGGUUUCACAACAUGCUAUAUAUGGGCCUGUCCUCCUUCAAAGGGGGAUGAUUACAUACUCUAUUGCCAUCCUGAAACUCAAAAGACCCCGAAGAAUGAUAAACUACGACACUGGUAUCUUUCAAUGCUAAAAAAGGCUGCUGAAGAAAAUAUUGUUGUUGGUUUAAGUAACAUAUAUGAUCAUUUAUUUGUUCCUACUGGGAAAUGGGACUCCAAGGUGACAGCUUCCCGUUUGCCAUUCUUUGAUGGAGACUACUGGUCUAGUCGUGCUAUGGAUCUAGCCGGCGACAUUGAUAAAGAUAGCGGGGGAGAGUAUGAAAUGACAUUGAAGAAACUUGUGACAAAAAGAGCUUUAAAGGCCAUGGGACAUGUGAACCCUUCAAAAGACACAGCCAAAGACAUUCUUGUGAUGCAGAAGCUGGGCAAAACUAUUUUUCCUUUCAAGGAAGACUUCAUCAUAGUUCACCUUCAGCAUACAUGCAUGCACUGCCAGGAAGUGAUAGUUUCUGGGAAGCGGUGGUAUUGCACUGAAUGCAAGAAAUUUCAGGAGUGUGAAAGAUGCCAUACUUCUGACUCACACACUUCAACUAGUGGCGAGAAACAUACACUAUGUCAGGUCCUCAUGGAAGAUGUCCCUUUAGAUACUAAAGAGAAUGAUAUCAUCCUUGAUAAUCAAUUAUUUGAGAGCAGGCAUAACUUCCUGAGCUUCUGCCAGAAGAAUAACUUACAGUUUGACACGCUCCGCCGUGCGAAGCACUCCUCAAUGAUGAUCCUCUAUCACCUAAAGUGUUCCUCAAUAUGUAGCUUUUGUGGCAGUGAACACAAUGAAUUCCAACAGAGAUGGAGAUGUCAGAGUUGCCCUGAGUUCUCUGCAUGCUCUGCGUGUUAUAAGGAGAAACAUGCUGUAUGUCAUGCACACGAGUUGAGUCAUUCUUCAACAUCACUAUCUGUCUCAGGGAAUGAAGAAGAGUCGAAGCUGAAAUCAACACUCUGAAAAAUCAACCAAAAAUAUACCAGAGUAGCUAUGUA